CGCGUAGAGGCGCGACGACCGACGCGAUCUACUAAAAAAGAUUAUUCGCUUUCUGCUGUGAAUACGAUUGCUUCACUGGGAGUUUGGGCGUUCUGGGUCAGGAGCGCACAAACAGUAAGCCACGGCUGAACGCGCAAUCAGGCUGCCGUCGUCGCACAAAAGAACGUGCCCUUUCGUCACGAAUCUCGCUGAUCGGCGCCACCACACCUACCGCGACUUCAUCGACUGCGCUUUCUUCAACGAUCAUGCAGGGCCCAGCCCAGUGAUUGCUGCCGCGCUUAUUCCACCAUGACCGCUGCCGUCAACGGCGACUGGAGUCGCGACCACCUCGCUGACGCAAAUCCCGACCUCACGCGCAAGCGACAACGACUAAGUGAAGAGGUCGAAGCUUCACCGAACCCUAGCGACGACAGUGUCGUCGUCGAGGCACUUCCACCAGACGAGGUCGAUCUCGUCCAUAACAUCAGCAGUGCCAUCGAGUUGCAGGAUGACAACAACAUGGAACUUUUCAGCAGCACUUUGCGCCUAGACCCGAACCAGCCAACCAUUCGUCCUAUUGAUCAGAUCAACUUUUUGAUCAACACUGUCAACGAAGCGGAGAGCAAUCUGUCAACGAUCUUUUUCGACCGUCUUGGGACGUGGCUAGACAACCAUGUCACACAAGUUUCUCCCGACAGCUCUGACAUCCGUGAGAGGUACUUGGAUGAUGCCGACUUCUUCUCUCAACUGGGUGUACUCUGUUUCAGCAUUUUCCAACGGCAAGGGGAUCUGUUUCCGGAGGACGAAGUCACGCGCUACGAACUCGAUGCAUUGGGUCGCAGUGUCCGGCGAUUCACAGAAGCGACAGUGGCGCUUGCCCACCGACUGGUGGCAUACCUCCCAGGUGUAUUUGAUUCUGCUGUUUCGAGGAGAGACUCUGCACAGACAACGAAGACUCGCCAUCACGUGCCCAUGCUCUGUUGGAUACAAGUCCUCGCACAGACAGUGACUUUGCACGGAGCGUUCUCUUUGCGAGCAUAUUGCCACCACAAGCUGGGGUUUGAGGCGAAGGUGCACGCCGAACAGUGGAGGCGAGACUUCUGUUCGACGACACUAACAGCGCUGUCACAACUCUUGCACGGACUGUCUCAGCACGAUCGCGAGAUCGACAACUCAUGGCCAGUCAUGGACGCGAUUCUUCGCAUUGUCCAUGCGCUCGACUUGACAGUCAGCAAAGACAUCGAUCGCCUUCUAGCCACAUGCCAUCUGACACUGCUUCCUCUGGUGUGUGCCAAGCAUUCACGAGCUCUUCCGGAGUGUUUCCAUCAGCUGCUUGUCGAAGUUUCGCAAAAGUUGCUUGCAGUCAUGAUACGGUCUGCAGAUGAAGAGGGCAUCGCCAACCUCUAUCGACAAUAUGUGAGGAGCGAUCACGAUGGGCUCCUUGCCGAGCACUGCCGGGAAGACGAGUCGCUGGCCCAGUUGAAGGACGUGAGCGAGCACAAUGAGGACGUCUUGAGGGGGCUGAUAGUGACCUCGUGGGCCCUGCAAGCGUAUCGAUCUUACGUCUUCAGCGACAUCAUGGACGUGCGAAGUAACGGCUUGACACUGCUGAGCGCGCGCUUGCGGCAAAUCUUCCAUGAGUACAAAGUCGCCAACGGCGGAGUUGAUCACCCCGUGCCACAAUACGCAUCGCGUUUCCUUCGGACGAACGAAUUCACAAAAUACAUCUUUGGGCCAGAUUCUCACGCAAGCUUGGUCAAGCAUAGUCAGGACGUCAUUGGCUUUCUCGCCGUGACAAACGCAUACACGGAGUUCGAGACCGAUAUAAUAUGGAAUUCUUGCACCAAUAGCGUCGAAGGAGAGUUCGCAAAAGCCGCUUUUAUGAUCUUGACCGAUGUCUCCAAGUACUUGGGCUUCGACAACCUUUUGUAUUUGGCGAAAAAGUACACCACCACAGAGCCGAUCAAGCUGGGUCAGGAUGUGGUCGAGUCUCUCACAGAACUGUUUCAAAAAGUUCAGGUCAAAGCCGAUUCGGAGUCGGGUAGCUGUCAGCGGCUCGCGACCGCAUUCAUAAGCAUCGACAUCAUGAUGCGCGUGGAUGCUACAACCCGAACAGCAUUGUCAGCCCAUUUAAGGCAGACGGCCAAACUGGAGCUCUUCCGCUUCACAAAAUCACCUCAGUCCGAUGCCGAAGAUCGAGUCGAGAUUUUCCGCCGCUGCAUCCCGCAUAUCGUCGAGUCCACAAGGCACGCCACGACUUGCAUUGAGAUCGUGGUGAUGUUCCUGCAUGAUGACAGAUCUGAGGAAGAGGUUCGAGGUCUCCUUGGUCUCCUCUCUGUCGAAGCCGCCGUCGAUGAAAUGGUGCGGUAUGUGUCAGAGAACCGCAUAACUUCGAUCACUCAGUUGCAGACCUACGAUGUGGGCGCCAUGGACGGAAGGCUUGAGUUGCUUAUUCGCCUCCUUCAACACGCUGGGUCAAAGCCGAAUGAGGGACUGUCCAAGCUGAUCUUUAAGUACACCAUUGGUGACCUGGCGAUCUGCAAUGCUGCACGCGAACGAGCAUGGCGCACAUUUGCUCGAGAUACACCUGUGGCUCGCCAAUUACUCACGCAGUGGCUUCGGAUUGAGGUCAUGGAUCUCUCGCCGCGGUACACCACGCAAGCUUUGCUUGAUCACUUAUGUCACAGGUUGCAAAUGUGGCUGCAGCGUGAACAAGCAGAUGAGGAGUUCUCUCAGAUACUGGAUCUCACAACCUGGAUGAAGCUGGUGCAGGUCGCUGAAAGCCCAUGGCAAGUGUCCGCGAUCGCUCAAGAACUAAUCUGCCAAGUACUCUUCAUCCUGCCAAGGGGUGGCGUCAGCAAGAGCUCGAUCCUUGCAUGUCAUACCAAAUUCGCCGAGCGACAGAUUGGCAAGGCAUGCGAGCAGUCCGCGAGAGCAGAUCUACCUGAGCAUAGGGAAGGUGUUGCUGAUGUGGUUGGCAAAAUUGGUCUUCUCCAGGCCGUACUCAACGGCAGCAAGCAACAUACUGAUCUGUAUGACGGCACACCGGGUCCAGAACUUUGCCUCGACGGUGAUGCCCAGGACAGUGUCGUGCAAUACACUUUGGAAGUUCAGGGCGUUGGACACCAUCAUCCACGUGUUGUGACCGUACGUGCAAAUGCUGAGACUAAGGUGUCUGAGCUGCUUUCCAGGCUACCUGACAUCACGGGGGCUGCAUCUCAUCGUAUGAUUGUGGCAGGCCAUGAGGUUGCUUUGGAAGGCCGUGCAGACAGCCUCUUGUCAGAUCUUGGUGUGCAGAUCUCAGGUGUGAUUGCUAUCAGCCCCAAGCAUAGCAUUUUAAGUGAUGUUGGCAAGUUGUUGACAUGCACAGGAGCUAUUGAGCAGCAAAUUCUGGAGCACCACGACCAGCUGGAAGAGCUCCUGGAUGCGGCAGAGCCGAUCGCGGCGAAGGCUUUUGGGCUGCUGAUUAGCAUUCCAGUUCCCAAGCAUAUCCGCACGAAGCUAUGCUCUGAACAGGUUUCUGCAUCUGUCCUUUUCCCUCCUGAGUCCCGAUGGAGAACCAUGUUCUACCUCAACACAAUUGAGCGACAUCUGAAGGAUCUGGCCCGGCUAGGCGUUGCUGAUGAGGCUUUCGUUGUUCGUGGUAUCGCGAUGCUGGUCCAUACCCUUGAGCACCACACGCUUCCUGAGCAGGAAGCAAUCUGUGUACAAAUCAUGCGCAUCUUGACCGCGUUCCUGCGGGAGAAGCCUCCAGCGCCAACAAUCGAAACCCUCAUAGAUGAGCCGGUGCAGUUUGCUACAUGCAUGAUUCGUAUCUGCGAGUAUGCUGCUUCAACACCUCAAGAACAGGUCCGUACCCGGCAUGAGCUGAUCAAGGGAGCAUUCGAGCUCUUGCAGGAAAUUUGUCGACGGCAGCCGCUGGCCUGGCAAAAGUUCACGGAAGACGUCUACGUGACCGAACUGCAUGCUAAAAUUCUCUUUCACGAUGAUAUCGAGCUGUCUGCGUGUGCCGCGGCCCUCGUCAAGAACUUCAGCAUUGACCAAAGCACCCCUGAUGUUGCUAUCGAGUUCUACACUAAGGUUGUGCUGGACAUACUGCCGCGAGCUCUGUCUCAUGGCGAUCGUGCAAAGCAGUUCUUCGAUCUUGCCACUCAGCUGCUGCUCAACAAUUCGAAGCUGUGGACCGACGAAACAAGUGCUCGAGAAAUCACGAAAUCGUUGCUCGACACAAUGUGGGAAUACGAGCAUGACGAGUCCGAGGACCUUCCUAUUCUUGAUAUGGUCGUGACCGGAUUGUUUGGACUUGUCAAGGAAUCUAUCAGCAUUCUGCGCAGUUUCAAGAAGCCCUUGGAAUUGCCGGGACUGGCUGCAGAGAUAUUCUCACAAUUCUUAUUCGCGCAUGACGCUCAACACGACGCGGACGACUCUCCUCGGAUCUCCAAUGCAGGCUCGACCGCGUUUACAUCGCGCCAACUGUAUCAUCCACAGUCUCGUCACGAAGCCUAUGAGCUCCUCAGAACAGUCUGUGUGACCAAGGAAGACUUUCAGGAUCUGCUGAGCGCGAUGGACAAGCCUCUUCAGGCGACACGCAACAGUCCUGCCGACCGAUUUCCAGGGCGCAAGGAUUAUUUGCGCCCACCCGCUCAAUGUUCCGGUCUGACAAAUCUGGGCCAGACAUGCUAUAUGAAUUCUCUUCUGCAGCAGUUGUUCGCCAACGUCAAAUUUCGCCAGUUCAUAUUCGAUACGCCGACUGACAACAUGAGACCGAACCAGCAGAUCCUGCUUCAAGAACUGAAAAGCCUCUUUGCUUGGAUGCAGAACAGCGCCGACCCAGUGGCAUCCACAUCUAAACUCGCCAUCGCACUUGGCACUGAGGUCGGCUCGCAAGAGGACGUGCACGGCUUCUACGAGGACUUCUUGAGCAAGCUCGAGCUCGAGAUGCCUAAUCAAGCCGCGAAGAAGGCUUUGGCAGAAUUCUAUACCGGGAAGUUGAUCACCCAGAUCAAGGGCGAAUGUAACCACGUCUCUCCACGGACGGAGUCCUUUGUGGAUCUGCCUAUUGUAGUCAAGAACAAGAGGGACCUCGCUGAGACUCUUGACGAGCUUGUCCAGGGUGAGCCGAUGCAGGGUACCAAUCAGUAUCGGUGCCAAUCCUGCGAUCCAGAUGGCGAUGGACGUCUUGUCAACGCCAUGAGAAGGAGUUGUCCAGAUGUGAUACCUGACAACCUGACAUUCUGUCUGAAGCGCUUCGAGUUCGACCCUAUUAAUGGCAUUGAAACCAAGGUCAACGAUCGCUUUGAAUUCCCUCAGACCAUUGAUAUGUCCAAGUAUCAUCAUGCAUACCUCGACAAUCCCGAAACAAGCGUAGACGAAGAUCUCUUCGAGCUUGUGGGUGUCAUUGUGCACAUGGGAACCAACGGCUUCGGACACUAUUGGUCAUACACUCUCCUGCGCAACACUGGAAUUCCUGGCUCGCGGACUUGGAUCAAGCUCGAAGACAGGAACGUGACGACUUGUCAAGACGGCUUAGCACAGGUGCAGCACGAAUGCUUUGGCGGUCUCAGAUUCAACAGCGGCAAUGAGCGCUCGGACAAUGCAUAUGUGUUGUUCUAUGAACGUAAGCGUGUCCUCGAGGAACAAAUUGCUUUACCAUUCAUCUCUCUGGACCCCGUGUCACAAGCUGUGCUUCCGCCGCGGGUAGCCUUCGAUAACGAUCUGGAGGACGAAAUCCGCAAGCACAAUGCGAUGUGCCAUCGAAACGCCCAUUUGUUUGACGCGGACUUCGCAGCGCUCAUGGAAUGGAUUUUGGCGCAAAGUAAGCUGUCUGGCUUCGUAGCGCCAUCGGGCGACUCGCCCAGCCCUGAAGCUUCAUCCGACGCGGGCUCCGACAAUGAAAAGGCUGAAGAUGGCGAGCAGCAGCAGUCGCAUGAGACUCGCGAAGAGACACCUCUCGACGACUUCACGAAGGCACUGAGCAAUGUCAGCACGACUUUCAUCCAGCGUAUCGCCUCUUGCGAUCCAACGCCGGUCAAGAAACUCAACAUGUGCUUCAAUGGGCUCUACGCAAUGUUCCCCGACAAUCUGAAGCUGGUUGACGCUGUGCUCCGGGAUCUUGUGAAAAACACUUGGUUCUGGGGCAUCCUUGGCAGUGGUAAGAAGGCUGCCAGGGCCACGAUACAAUCCUUCUUGUACCGUGCGCUGUCCAAAGUGCGAGGGCACGAUCGGGCAUGUCACGAUUUUGUAGUGAGUCAGCUUAGAAGUCUGCACGCAUACUACAUUCACAGGCCCGAAUCUGUUGUGGCACUGGACUGGUCCGACUACCUGUCCUUUGCAGGCUCCUUGGCAGCGAUCGGACCUUCGGACACUGCUGCAAUGCUGGAUUGCGGUUACUGGAUUUGGGCCUUCGAGAUGAUCCGUCUGCCUUUCGACAAGGCAACGAGAGCCAAAUAUCCGGGGCUAUUUGAUCAGAUACUUGCACUUCCCGAGAAGAUGGCCGCUGUGUAUCAAUUCCUUCUGAGUCUUGUUGAGAACCACCUCGAGACACUCGAUAUCAACAACUUCAGCCCGGACACGGAGCCACAUGUCGUUCAGAAUGGCAAGACACUGUUGAAGGAACGCGAGCUUGCCCUCCUGGCACAGACUUCUGGCGUCUCUCACGUGUUCACGUGGCUCCGCGCCGCCAGAUAUGCAGAGGUCACCAACAGUGGAAGCUGGAAAGACUUCGCGCCGGGUAAAUUGCUUGGAGCUCUUGUUGGCCCGAAUGCUAGCCCGGAGCUUUACAGCGCUACUCGAAACGCCUUAAUGCAGCAUAUCGACAGUGAGGAGGAGCAGUUUAGUGCGCUGCUGAGCCUGGCAAUGCACUUCUGCACGAACACUGAAUCGCAAGACGAUGCUCAAAUAGUGUUCGCAGCGGUAGCUAGAGUGACGCCAGCCUGGGAAGGCUCCGAAGGAGAGCUUCUUCAGAUACUGCCCUCGGCGAUGGAAGAAAUUCCAACUGUGGUUCUGAUGACACUCGAUUUGUGGGUCAAACACCUCUUGCUCAUCAAGGCGAGUGGCGUCCGCGAACCCGCAGCGAACUUUGUCGUCCAGAACGUCUACGACCGGAAUCCGGACCUCACAGAGCCGAAUGUGGUUACCGUACAUGCGCGACUCGCUGCCCAGCUUGUCCGGGAAGGCGGACUUGAGAUGCAGCUCGCGUAUGAUGAGGGUCGGUCUCGCGCACGCUUUGAGAACAUAAUCCACGUUUACCAGUACAUCGCGCCGUACUUGGAAAGCUUCAGAAGCCAGGUUGCCGACGAAAUCCGCGCCGGCAACGAAGGUUCGCUGCCAUUGGACCUCAGAAUAGAGUGGGAAAGGGCACAGCAGACAUUGGCAAUGCUUGAGGAGCUGGGCUCUGUUGUUGCGCAGUGGGAGUCGGAGACGACGGGAUCGGCACUUCCUUCAGGUGUCAUCAGAUCGAGAGAGGAAGAUUCCGACGAGUACGAAAGUGAUGACGAAGAUGCCGAAGAUGGUUGGGACAGCAGCAGCGACCUUGCUUAGAAAGCUGCCUAAUUCGCUUCUUGGACUGAUCAGGAGAAGAUGGACCAUGUUGCGAAAUUUGGCAAUCGGAGCCCUUUUCAUGCUUCAGCGCUCAGCCGUGUGUAGAAAAAGGAUUACGACGUGGAACGACAGUGUAACAUAGCAAGGUCAAACAGUAGCCUUGGAACGAUGAGAUGUAUUGGUAGAAAUUCAUGAGACAUGAAUGAAACAGAC